AUGUCGGACGCAGACAAUGAAACUUCCCUUCCUAAGGAUGUUGAUACUUAUCUUAGGAAGUUAGCAGAGACUAAAGUGCCUGUCCCCGACAUAGAUUUUACAGUUCAUGAAAUGGAUGAUGGUAGCAAGGUAUCAACUCUGGAUCGAUUUUGUAAAGACGUCCAAGCACCCGCUGUCCAGAUACCUACAUCCGAGCUUUUCUUCUCAAAGGAAGAUUCAGAAAAGCCCGAUAUCGUGUUUUUAAAGGACCAUUUUUAUCGUGAGGGAAGAAUUUCAGAUGAACACGCUUUAUACAUUAUUAAUAAGGGUACUGAAAUAUUAAAAGAAGAAUCGAAUCUAUUAGAAGUGGAUGCUCCCAUAACAGUAUGUGGUGAUAUUCAUGGUCAAUUUUAUGAUUUGAUGAAAUUGUUCGAAGUGGGUGGUAAUCCUGCCGAAACUCGGUACCUCUUUCUUGGUGAUUAUUGUGUGCUUUAUUUGUGGGCUUUAAAAAUAUGGUACCCAAACACAUUAUUUUUAUUACGCGGUAAUCACGAAUGUCGUCACCUUACAGACUAUUUCACAUUUAAGCUGGAAUGUAAACAUAAGUAUUCUGAAAAUGUUUAUGACGCUUGCAUGGAAUCCUUCUGUGCACUUCCACUUGCUGCCAUAAUGAAUAAACAAUUUCUAUGCAUUCAUGGUGGUUUGUCACCUGAAUUGAAUACAUUGGAUGAUCUGCGUAAUAUUAAUCGAUUCAGAGAGCCCCCAACGCAUGGGUUAAUGUGUGAUUUAUUAUGGGCCGAUCCUUUAGAAGAAUUUGGACAAGAAAAGACAAAUGAAUGCUUUAUACAUAAUCAUGUUCGAGGAUGCUCGUAUUUUUUCAGUUAUCACGCGGCCUGUAACUUUUUAGAAAAAAAUGGAUUAUUGUCUAUUAUUCGUGCACAUGAAGCUCAGGAUGCUGGGCAAGCAUUUUUAAAAUUGAUGCUAUAUCAUUUAAAUACGAAAACUGUGUAUCGAAUGUAUCGAAAGACAAAGACAACAGGCUUCCCUUCAGUAAUGACUAUCUUUUCUGCUCCUAAUUAUUUGGAUGUAUAUAAUAACAAAGCGGCCGUUUUGAAGUAUGAAAACAAUGUAAUGAACAUUCGUCAAUUCAAUUGUACUCCUCAUCCUUACUGGCUACCCAAUUUUAUGGAUGUGUUUACUUGGUCCCUUCCUUUCGUCGGUGAAAAGAUUACAGAUAUGCUACUUGUAAUCUUAAAUAUUUGUAGUAAAGAAGAAUUAGCGGAUGAAGAACUUAUAUCGGAGCCUAAAUCACCAGAAACGCCAACAGCAUCGGCAGAAAGUUCAGAAAGGCGUCAAGUAAUCAAAAAUAAGAUUUUGGCGGUUGGUAAAAUGGCCAGAGUAUUUUCCGUUCUUAGAUUACCGUACGGUACUUUAGCUUUAGGAGCUGAAGGUAUCAAGAAAGCAAUCACUUCAUUUGAAGAAGCACGCCGGUCAGAUAUUGAAAAUGAACGAUUGCCUCCGACCCGACAAGAAGUUGAUGCAGCAGAACAUGCAAAAACUAAACAGGCAAUUGAUGCUGCCAUUGAAGAGGUGAAUCAAGAUAAAGAAUUAGCGGAGGUUGCAGAGGUCUUCGUUAAGGAAGACGAAAAAAGAAGAAGUUUAAAAGAAGCUACAAUUGUUGCUAAAGCAGGUGUUAUGAAUUCUUCACCUCCAUGGAUUUAA